AUGGACCUCAUUCAACAAUAUCAGUCCGACUCUGAAAGUGAAUCUGAAUUCGAAUCUGAAAGGGAAGAAGAGGUUGGGUUAAAUAAGGAACAAGAGAAUAACCCCAAAGUUAACAAUCAAGAAAAGUGUGAAUCAGAAAGUAGUCUCCCACCUCUUCCUAGAAUCGAGAUCUACCUGCAACAAUAUCAACAGAAUAUGUCACUCAAAGAAUUUAGUUCAUACUGCUAUUUACCAUGGAAUCCAUCGUUACCAGUGGUUAGAACUCUAGAUAAAGUAUGUGAAAAGGUGAUCCAGACAUUUCCCGAACUUUCAAAGAACUAUAAAUUUGUUCAACCCCACAAAGACAUUUCACGAGAAGUCAAACAUCAUAUCAGUGUCACUUAUAGUUUCACGAUGCCGAUAGAUAAAGCAGACCAUGUGUUGCCUUCUAUGAUGAAAAAGUUUUCCAAAGUUGAAAUACCUCAGUCUUUGGUGCAAGAAAUUGGGGGUAGCAGUUCUCCACUUAUCGCCAUUAUGAAUAAGAAAAGAAAAGGUGUUCGUUUCCUGUUAAAUGACCAUUUGACAGUAAGAGGAUCCGGUCUGAAGAUAUUCUUAUGUGCUGAUCUAAAUUCAUCCGAUGAAUCGCAGCAACAGCUAUGCAAGGAAUUACGUAGUAUUUCAAAGAAUGUAUUACUUGAAAAUGGUAUUCAACCGCCUCCAGAAGGUACGUUUUUGCUGCCUCCUCAUGUUUCGGUUAGCAUUGGUUAUUUAAAAGGCAAGAUUUUAUCAAAAACGGACAUUAGGAAGAUCAAUCUGAAACUAACUGGUAUCAAAUUUAGAGAACUACAGGAUGUAAACGUUGAUGUAGAAGAGAUACAUUGUAUCCGUCCGCCGCAAAAGGAAGUCAUUCCAGUUCAUAGUCAACGUCUCUUGUAA